UAACGAGCCGGUUAGAUAAUGAGACGCAACCCGUGUGUCUUUCAGUGUAGCGCACGUAUCUCUGCAUACGCUCUUUAAAACUCAGUAAAGUGUUGUUUUUGCCUUACUUUUAGGUCCAAACGCUAAUAUUUGUGUAAUAAAUAUAUAUAUAUCAAUACUCAUAAAGAGUUCUCAAUUUCUCUGGCGGAUUUGUGGCGGGGGCAGCUGAGAGGACGAACAUGUCGGGAAAGAGUUUUCGCGUUAGCGACGGAGACUGGAUUUGUUCUGAUAAAAAGUGUGGAAAUGUCAACUUUGCCAGAAGAACGAGUUGUAACCGAUGUGGCAGGGAUAAGACAACUGAAGCAAAGAUGAUGAAAGCAGGGGGAACAGAGAUUGGAAAGACCCUGGCUGAGAAGAGCAAAGGUCUCUUCAGUGCCAACGACUGGCAGUGCAAAACUUGUGGCAAUGUGAACUGGGCCAGAAGAUCAGAGUGCAACAUGUGUAACACCCCAAAAUAUGCCAAACUGGAGGAAAGGACAGGAUAUGGUGGAGGUUUCAAUGAGAGAGAGAAUUUAGUUUACAAUGAGCGAGAAGAGUCCGAUGGCGAGUAUGAUGAGUUUGGGCGCAUAAAAAAGAAGUUUCGUGGAAAAAGCAAGCAGGACAGUGACAAGAAAGAGGAACCAAAAAAAACUGUUGUUGAAGAUGAAGACGAAGAAGAAGAGGAUGAUGAUGAAGAAGGAGACCUUUCAAAAUACAAACUUGAUGAUGAUGAUGAUGAUGAAGAUGAGGCAGAUUUGUCCAAGUAUGAAUUGGAUGCUAGUGAAGAAAAGAAAGGGAGUCGCUCCGGCUCCUCGCGGUCAUCCUCUCGCUCGUCCAGUUCAAGUUCCCGGUCUAGGUCCAGAUCCCGGUCCAGGAGCUCAUCCAGUUCCAGAUCUCGUUCUCGCUCCAGGUCCAAUUCCAGAUCCAGCUCCAGAUCAGGAAAGGGCUCUGCUUCCUCAAAGAAGAGGUCUCGCUCCCCUUCAUCAUCGCCUGAGGGAGGCCAGAAGAGGAGUCGCUCCAGGUCCUCCUCUGGUGGCCGCAAAAAAAGACGCUCCCGAUCGCACUCGUCUGAAAGGUUUGGUGUAACACAUGGUGGCCUGGAUGCCAGGCGUCCUUCUGCAUUAUACACAGGGCUCAAUGAUAUAGCAGUACAUUUUUGAAACAACGGGACAAAAUUACUCUUUUCUCUGUGCAAUAAAUUUUUUUAUGCUUUGUUUUGACUGCAAGAACCAAAUCACUUAAUCGGUCAUGGUCUUUCUCUUUGUCUCUUUCUUUCCAUCUCUUUGUAGGCGCAGAGGCUCAUCUGGAUCAUCCCACUCUGGCUCAAGCUCAAAACAGAAAUGAUUAACAAAAGAAACAAAUCUUUCUAAAACUGCAUGUUUUUUUUUUUUCUUUUUGCAACUACCCAACUGUUUGAAUUCACAUUGAUUUCUAUGAAGACAAAUACUAGCGCAUCUGUUCACAUAACCUCUUAAAAGUUCUCUGACUUUUUUUUUUUUUUAAACCUCUAGCCAAAUCUCUAAACAGUAUAACUCAAGAUGUAAAGUCUUUAGUGUCAGUGGGUUUAUAGAAAAAUAACAUCAAGUCUGUGACUAUAAAUGGUGCAUAUCUUCUGAACAUCAACCAUUUUGUUGGGAAAUUAUGCAAAUUAUAUUACUACAGUAGUUUUAUUCAACCAUUGUCAUCAGAAUAACCAAUUCAUUAUCAAACCAUUUAUGCUGAUUUCAGAAGUGCCCAGAUGCUGGUUUUAUAGUUCUUUUAUAUGAACUGUUGAUGGCUUAAACAUUACUUAAUCAACAAUGCCAGCGUAUUAUAGAGAGCUUUUUCUCUGAGGCAUAACAUUGCCUUGUCUAAUUGUGUGCGUUAAAGGUAAGUAUGUUUUUCUAUACUUGUAGAGAUUUCUUUUCUCUUUUUUUUGUGUUAUAAACUUAAUUUUAUGAUCUAUCAUUUGUGGAACUAAGAAACUGUAGAUGACUCAAAUGACUGAUAGCAUAAAUUACUGGAUUGUUUUUUUUUUUUUUCUUCUGUGGUUAAAUCAAAUUUGGAAUAUGUGAAAUAAUCACCCUCCUUCUUCCAACAUACAAAAUAAGAAAAUGUUUUACUGUUCGUUAAAAUGACAUAGAAGUGUAACCAACAUGAAUAAACACUUGUUAAUCUGAAA